AUGGAGCAGUUCGAAUCACUGCUAACUUGCUGCGUGUGUUUGGAUCGAUUUAGGAAUCCAAAGCUGUUACCAUGCCAGCACAGCUAUUGUAUGGAGCCGUGUAUGGACGGCCUUGUCGAUUAUGUCCGCAGACAGGUUAAAUGUCCAGAAUGUCGUGCUGAGCAUCGUAUUCCAUAUCAAGGAGUUCAAGGAUUUCCAACAAAUGUUACUCUACAAAGAUUUUUGGAACUCCAUGCUCAAAUUGCUGGAGAGCUACCUGAUCCAACAGCAGGGCAAGUUAUGGAAAGAUGCAAUGUUUGCUCAGAAAAGGCAUAUUGUGCUCCUUGUGCUCAUUGCGACAAAAAAGUUUGUGAAGAUUGCAAAUCUGCUCAUAUGGAAGUAUUAAGAAGAGAAAUAGCUAGAAUCAACAAUCAAAUUCGACGUGGUGUAAAUCGGUUGCAAGAUAUUUUGGCUGUAGUUGAACGAAAUACAGCAAAUCUUCAAACAAACUGUGGUGCAGUAGCGGGAGAAAUUGACGAAAUUCGUAAAAGACUUGCAAAAGCCCUGAAAGAUCGAACUGAUUUUUUAAGGACAGAAGUUGACCGAUAUCUUGCCACUGAACUUAGAAACCUAACGCAUCUUAAAGAUAAUUUAGAGUUAGAAUUAAGCAAUAUUCAGAGUAAUUGUGAUCUAGCUGAUAAAUAUAUGAAUGAUGACGUCGAGUGGGAGGAUACCGAAUUAGUUGAUACGAAAGAAAUUUUUCUCAAAACGGUAGAAUUUCUUAGAAACUUUGACUAUGAGGCUGGUGAUUACAAUCGUAGAGUUCGUUUUAUAAUGACUCAUGAUCCAAACCAACUAGUUAUGCAUGUUGCUAGUUAUGGAGAACUUAACAUAACUAAUCCAAAUGCGUAUUCAGCUGGUUUACAACAAUCUCAAGGUCUUACUAGAUCUAAAAGUGAUCAUCGUUUAGCAACACAAUUUCGUCAACAAGAAGAAGCCAAAGGUUAUAUGGAAAACGAUGAACCCAUAUUAGGUGGACGAAAAUUCGGAGAACGGCGGCCUCCUCCACCGGAAAAGCACACGCGAGACUAUGGCGCUACAGACGAUUACAGUGGUUAUGAGUCAGAACACAGACCAUCUCGUCGUUUCCGUUCACGUUUUGUAAGAAGUCAUCAACAAGAUAACGAUUCUGAUACCGAACAAAGCGCGAGAGUUGUAAAAUCUGAACACAAAGAAAAGGAAAAGGAAAAAGUUGCAGAUACCGAAGAUGCAACACGUGGUCCACUAAGUGGAAUAUUUAGACUUAGCGACUGCCCACGUGUAAUACAACGGAUACUUGACGUAGACAGUGGAAAGAAGAAAGAAAAAAAGGAGCCACCUCCACCCCCAAAACCAGUGCAACCUGCUCCACAACCUCAACGUCGGCAGCCACCAGUAAGACAACAGAGUGAAGAUGACGAAAUCACAAGAUUAAAGAGACAGAAUAAAGCACGCGAGGCAUCCAGUGAAGGUGAAUCCGAUGAAGAAUCGGUUGGAUCUCUUCAAAGAAAUCAGCGCAAGAGCUCGGUACAAACACAAAAACCAACUGCUACGAGAAGACCUUCUGCGUCUGAUACAUCAUCCACUCAUCGACCCUCAGCUCGUGCUACUAGUACUGAAUCUAGUGCAUCGACGGAAAGUUCCGGCUCGGCGGUUAAACACACAGGUGCAAUUCUAUCAAUCGCGGAGUUGAAAGCCAAGUACAGCAUUGAUGGGCCUUCUCCAAAACCGAUCUCUCGUAUUUUGUCCGCAGGCAAUGAGAGAUCUGCUCCAGUGACAACAAAUGGAACAGCCAGCGGCGCCCAACGAGUUCAAAGUCGAUUCGUUGGAUCCCAACGACCGACACCUGCCCCGGCGCCCGCCGAGCCGGCUCACGAAGACUCCGAUACGAGUUCUGAAGAGGAAACCGACUCUUCUGAGGAGAGCGAGGAGGAGCCUGCAACGCAAAGGAAGCCCGAGAGUCAGGCGAUGGCACGUAGUGACAUUGGACCCCUUCUAGCAAGAAGUACCAAUGCUCGAAAUGAUGCACAUGAUAAUAAAAAUAAAGAUACACCAGCUCAAACGCGAUACCGAACUCGCCAGUCAUCGCAAACUGAAGAGGAGCCGUCUCCUCGAUACGGUGCCACCAGUUCAUCAUAUAGUAGUCGCUAUGGUAGUAAGCCUAAAGACGAGGAAUUAACAUCUUCCUUAGAUGAUGAAUCAAAAUAUCCCACGGCUCGGUCCAGGUACCUUGCCUUAAAAGAACGACGCAAUCGCCUUGCACGAAGUAAAAGUAGUCAUACUGGCUUCGGAGCAGGUGACGAUGAUGACCAAGAUGAACCAGUUUCUCCUACAACUGCUUCACCAUCAGCUUAUCUUGCUGCUCGAUACGGCUCCGGCACAGGAGGUUCGGAGUUGUCUCGUAGCCGUUCUUCUCAUGCCCUCAAGUCUAGAGAAAGCUCCCCUGAACGUCCAGUAACUGGAGAGAAGGACGGAGCAGCCUUAAGCUCUUGGGCGAGAUACUUAAAAAAUAAAUAUGGUUCGCGAGGUAAAGAUCGUGACACAAGUGGGUCUUCUUCGAGUUCAUCUCGUCGCCUGUCUCUCGGGUUGCCAUUACGCUCAGCUAAUGAGCUUGCCAGUUCUGACGACGAUUCAAAAAACGCGGCAGGCUCCCCCAUCUCCCCUACGGCGGCUACAGCAGCGGUAGCAGGUUUCGCAGCAGCAGGUUCCUCCCCUAGGAGCCAGUAUCUGCAGAAACGCCGUUUACAAUUCAGUGUUGGGAGUCGGGGGAGCGAACCCGGUUGUUUCACUUGGCCACGUGGUAUCGCUGUAGGACCCGAAAAUAUAAUGGUCGUGGCUGAUUCAUCAAAUCAUCGUGUUCAAGUAUUUGAUUCAAAUGGUAUAUUUAUAAAAGAAUUCGGUCAAUACGGUAGUGGAGAGGGGGAGUUUGACUGUCUGGCUGGUGUCGCCGUCAAUCGUAUUGGACAAUAUAUCAUAGCUGACAGAUACAAUCAUCGAAUACAGGUAUUCGAUCCAGCGGGUCGAUUUUUGAGGUCAUUCGGUAGUCAAGGCACUGGUGAUGGCAAGUUUAACUACCCUUGGGGUAUCACCACAGAUGCACUCGGAUUUAUAUAUGUCUGUGACAAGGAAAACCAUAGAGUACAGGUAUUCCAAUCCGAUGGCACAUUUGUGGGCAAAUUUGGUAGUUUCGGCUCGAAGUUAGGACAGCUAGAACAUCCUCACUAUAUAGCAGUUUCAAGCACAAAUCGUGUACUUGUAUCUGACUCCAACAACCAUAGGAUACAAGUCUUCGAUGUAAAUGGACGCGUCCUUUCUUCAUUUGGAGAAGAAGGCUCUGAAGAUGGACAGUUUAAAUUCCCAAGGGGUGUGGCAGUGGAUGAUCAAGGUUACAUAGUUGUAGCAGAUUCUGGAAACAACAGAAUUCAGAUCUUUCACCCUGACGGGACGUUCCUCAGAGCUUUUGGGUCUUGGGGUUGCGGUGACGGGGAAUUCAAAGGGUUGGAGGGUAUUGCCGUCAUGUCUGGUGGAAACAUCAUCGUUUGCGACCGAGAGAAUCAUAGGGUGCAAGUUUUCUAA